AUGGUGCUAAGGUCUAAACAAGGUGAUCACCAAACGUUUCUGGACCUGCUGUGGAAUGCUUUAAUGGUUGAAGGUGCUGGGGAAGACAAGGUAGCACGGGUCAUCACAAUGGCGUGGGCGUUGUGGCACAAUCUUAAUGAAGUCAGGCAUGGGGGGGAAAGUAAAUCUGGGCAAGCCGUGGCUCAGUGGGCAACUCAUUAUCUCACUGAGUAUAGUAUGGCAAUGGAGGCUACUGCAAUCUCAAACCCGGUGGUAGAACAGAGAACAUCAUGGUCCCCCCCAGCUCCAGGUUGCUUGAAAGUAAAUGUAGAUGGUGCCAUCUUUUCAGCACAGAGAACGGCAGGGAUAAAGGUGGUUAUCCGAAAUGAAGAUGGCAGUUUCAAAGCAGCGCUGUCGAAGAAAAUUAUGGCGUCGUUGGGAGCUGUGGAGGCAGAGGUAAAGGCUUUCAAGGCAAGUCUGCUUCUUGCAAAAGAUUUAGGCGUUCAUGAUAUUGUUCUUGAAGGGGACUCAAUGAUUAUUCAUAAUGCUUUGUGCGAGAGGUCCCCACCCCCAACAUCAGUGGCAGCGGUAAUUAUGGGUAUGCAGGAUCUGUGCAAAGAUUUCAGACGAAUUGAGUUCACUCAUGUAAGGCGACAGAGUAACAGACUAGCCCACCUCUUAGCUAAACAUGCAUCUAGCAUUGUUGACUGUAUUGUUUGGAUUGAAGAGAUCCCUUGCUGCAUUGAGCAAGCUCUUAUCCAUGAUGUACUUUCCUUUUCAAAUGUUCAAUAA